AUGUCCUCGUCCGCCUUUGAGCUCCGCAGGGUCAACAGCCUACCAGCAAACUCGUAUCGUCGUCGGAAAGAUCCAGUACACCGCCGCCUUGCUAGUCUUUUCGAACUGCCACCCUCACCUGAACUCCUCGCUGAGCCCGGCUCCGUCUCCUCGUCUCGAGACAUCACCAAUUCGCCGGUCCUCGCCACUUCCGCCCUCGUCAUGGAGCCAGCCUCGAUCACCACCUCGCCGAUCAUGGAACAAUCAACCCUCUCCAACUCCCCCCUCGUCAUGGAGCCAUCAUUUACCUCCUCCUUCGUCAUCCCAGGGUCAGCCCCCUCCUCUCCCUCUCUGCGGGAGGCAGUCAUCACGGACACGGACACCAUGCCUUUCCUAACAGGGAAUGACAAAGACUCCCCCUCACCCCAAGCAUCCAGCGACUCAGAGGACGACUCGGCCCCCAUGACCCCCGUCCAGCUGCGUAACCAGUUAUUGGCUGCGGUACAGCGGGACGAGCGCGUCAUUGCGGAACAGCUGGGCCCAGUAACUGAGUGGGAAACGAAUGAUAGCUUGGUUGUCGACGAGGCAGUGUCGGAGUCCUACGCAGACGACGAGGUCGGGUCGACGUACACGUCAGAGACCGAAGUGUUGGUCUUCUAUACUUGUUGCCCGAGCGAGACCGAGAGCGAGGAGCUGGUGUGUUGGCAGGAGGAGCUUCUCCGGCCCCACGUUGAGGAGUGUAUCGCCAUUGAGGAGCCGGCUUCGGACAGCGCCGCUGAGACUAGCGAGCACAUCACGACCGACGAGGCAACUGCAAUCAACGAGGCGCCGACAACCGACCACCCAGCUGCUCCUGGUGAGCCAAGUUCCGACGAACCUUCAGUUCAGUCUGGCGCACCCCUCCGCCGCCGCUCAACACUGAGAGCCCGGUUCAGCUACAUCUUUGCCCGCUCGCCAACCAUGGACACCCCAGACGCCAGCCUACCCACCACUUCGCCGGCGUACAUUCCGCACGUCCUGCGGCCGCAGUACACAAACGAGCAGUUUGGGCGUAUCCAUCGGGCCAUGACCGUCAGCGAGCCGCGUGGCACCUCACCCGCAGCUCAAUCGCAGAUGUCUAUGGCCAACGUCUAUCCACAGACUGAGUCUAAUGUCCAGGCGAUGGGGGUGGGGACGGAAGGGUCAACAAGGCGCGGAGCAAUGUGGAAUAUGGGGAGUAUCCGGAACUCCAUCAAGGGCGUGUGGCGUCGGUCGGCGGUGAUGUAG